CCCGCGCCCGCGCGCCCGGCCUCUCCUCGCCCGGCCUUCCUGCGGUUGGGAGCGCGACGCUCCUCGCCGUGCGCCCGUUGUCCGUCCGCCUGAGUGGAGGUCCCGGCCGCCACCCGCCGGCCGCCCCGCGCCAUGCGGCUUCUCGGUUGGUGGCAGGUACUGCCGUGGGCGCUGGGGCUUCUCGCCCGCGGCGCGGAGGGGGAAGGUGACCGCUUGCGGUCCGAGGAGCAGCCCGCGCGCCCCCUGCCGGUGGGGGCCGUGUACCUGAGCGCCCAGCAGCCCCCGCGCGACCCGAGGGGCGCGGCCGCGGCGGCGGGAGAGGCGGACGCGGCGCUGGGGGCGGACGCGGCCGGCGAUCACGUGGUGAUGCUGUCUGUGAUUCCGGGGGAGGCCGAGGACAAGCCGAGCCCAGAGCCCAGCGGCGACACUUGCGACGCUGGAGGAGAGGAGGACUCGAGGUGCCACCUCCGAGAGAGCCUCUUCUCCCUGCACGGUGCCGGGGCGACCUUCCCCGACCGAGAGGAGGAGUAUUACCCCGAGCCCGAGGCGGCCGACUCCGACCCGGCCCCGGCGGACGACGCCAACAGCACCGAGAGUCUGAAGUCCCCGAAGGUGAACUGUGAGGAGAGAAACGUGACGGGAUUAGAAAAUUCUACUCUGAAAAUUUUAAAUAUGUCACAGGACCUCAUGGACUUUCUAAACCCGAACGGCAGCGACUGCACUCUAGUGCUGUUUUACACCCCGUGGUGCCGAUUCUCUGCCAGUUUGGCCCCUCAUUUUAAUUCUCUGCCCCGGGCAUUUCCAACUCUUCAUUUUUUGGCUCUGGACGCGUCUCAGCACAGCAGCCUUUCCACCAGGUUUGGCACCGUGGCUGUUCCUAACAUUUUGUUAUUUCAAGGAGCUAAACCAAUGGCUAGAUUUAACCAUACAGAUCGAACAUUGGAAACCCUGAAAAUCUUCAUUUUUAAUCAGACAGGUAUAGAAGCCAAGAAAAAUGUGAUGGUAACUCAAGCGGACCAAAUAGGCCCUCUUCCCAGCACAUUGAUAAAAAGUGUGGACUGGUUGCUUGUAUUUUCCUUAUUCUUUUUAAUUAGUUUCAUUAUGUAUGCUACCAUUCGAACAGAGAGUAUUCGGUGGCUAAUUCCAGGACAAGAGCAGGAACAUGUGGAAUAAUGAUGGACUUUACGGAAAAGUUGGAAAGAGGAAUUUCUAUCCUUCAUUUCAGAAAUUAGUGCUACAGCUUAAUUUUCUCUAGUGAAGUAUUGACUUGCAGCUUCACUUAGAUUAAAAAAAUCAUGCAUUUGUUGAUCUGUUAUUGAAUGUGUCAAAAAAUUCUAAACUGGUAUUUUAACUAGAAUUGCAAUAAGCAAUGGAAAAAAAUAUUCACUAGA